CCAUGAAGAACUUGGAUAGCAAAGUGAACAUUAUACCAGUGAUUGCUAAAGCAGAUGCGAUUUCUAAAACAGAAUUGCAGAAGUUUAAGAUCAAGCUUAUGAGUGAGCUGGUCAGCAACGGCGUCCAGAUAUACCAGUUCCCCACAGAUGAUGACACCAUUGCCAAAGUCAACGCUGCGAUGAACGGACAUUUGCCGUUUGCUGUGGUCGGAAGUUUGGAUGAGGUUAAAGUCGGAAAUAAGAUGGUCAAAGCUCGCCAGUACCCUUGGGGUGUCGUGCAAGUGGAGAAUGAGAACCACUGCGACUUCGUGAAGCUGCGGGAGAUGCUCAUCUGCACCAACAUGGAGGACCUGCGGGAGCAGACCCACGCCAGGCACUACGAGCUGUACCGGCGCUGCAAACUGGAGGAGAUGGGCUUCGCAGACGUGGGCCCCGAGAACAAGCCGGUCAAGAGCUGCAGGCCAAAUUCGAGCACCUUAAAAGAGUUCAUCAGGAAGAGAGAAUGAAGCUUGAAGAGAAGAGAAAAUGUUUGGAAGAAGAAAUCAUCGCUUUCUCUAAAAAGAAAGCUACCUCUGAGAUAUUCCAGAACCAGCCCUAUAUGGCAUCGGGUAGCAACCUUAAAAAGGACUGCAAGAACUCUAAUUUUAUGUAAACCAGAAGUUACAAGGCACAGAAGAUCAUCACAAGCAGAAGUUAUUAAAAAGUUAGAAAUGU